AUGGCAGCCAAGAAACAGCGCCGUCCGCAACUCCUCUCCUCUACCCGUCCCCGCAAUAUCAAGCCAACGCUCUCCCUCUCCUCUCGCACGACACGCUCUCUAAUUCGCUCUCAUCAUACUCUGCGCAAACAGUUUUCUGCCGCUCUUGCCAAAGGCGACACUAGCGAGGCUCAAGCUAUUCAAGCGAAGAUCGAUGCAUCCGGCGGCCUGCCCAAGUACCAGGAAGCCAGUAAACAAGGGCAGUCGGCGCAGAGGGGCGGUGAUACGAGCAAGAUCCUGACGGAAUGGCUGACAAUGGGAGAGGGAGAGGACAAAAUAUCAGUGGAAAGCGGGAAGCGGUUAAGAAUGCUUGAGGUUGGCGCGCUAAGACCAGAUAAUGCUUGCUCGCGGAGUGGGCUCUUUGAUAUGGAGAGGAUCGAUCUACAUUCUCAGCAUCCUGAUAUCAAACAGCAGGACUUCAUAGAGAGGCCUACCUGCGCAGCUGGAGACUUAGAUCAAGAAGGCUUCGAUAUUGUGAGCUUAAGCUUGGUAGUCAAUUUUGUCGGCGAUCCGGUGGAAAGAGGAGAAAUGCUAAGGCGGGUUGCGAGCUUUCUCAGACCCUACUCAGGUCGCAAAGUGGGGCUUUUCCCGGGGCUCUUCCUGGUGCUGCCUGCGCCCUGUGUGGCCAACUCUAGAUACCUGGAUGAGGAGAGGCUAAAUGCAAUCAUGGAAAGCUUGGGUUACAAAAGAGCAAAGCGAAAGUUGAGUGCGAAAUUGGUCUACUACCUCUGGAAGUAUGAGGCAGGAAAGGCUGAGAGAUCGAAAGUAUUCAAGAAGGAGGAGAUCAGAUCCGGAAAGUCAAGGAACAAUUUUGCAAUUGUGCUGCGUUGA